AUGAUAAUACCACAAUAUUAUAUUUUUUUUAUAUCGGGACCGAUAGCUAUCACGCAUACUACAUCUCCAAUAAUAUAUAUGCCUGUCGAAUAUGCUACUGCAUUUCAACGUUUACUUUUAAUUGCAUUCGAUAUGAAUACGAAAAUUUGUAAACAAAGUAAAUGGCUUUUGAAGAAUGGUGAUUAUCAUUUUCUUUAUUAUAAUCCUCUUCGUAAUCGGUUAUUCGGAUCACGUGAUGUUAGCACAUUCACAAUUAUCAUUGAAGAGUAUAAUAUAACAACAUUGAAAGAAAGAUUAGUUUUAACAGCAGCUUAG